CUUGGAGAAGAAGCUCCCCGCAACCGCUGCAAGGCUCAGAUCAGGAGAGGCACUUCAUGCAAGAGGAUCAUCUUCCCCCCGCUCAACGCAUCCUGCCAGUAACUGCUAGCAAACCUGCCCAACCACCUCUCAACCCUCUGCUGAACUCAGCCGAUAAAGAACUUGGCUUCUGAGGGGACCACAGUUUCUUAAAAUGGAAAGGUGCCUAGAUUUUAGCCUGAGCCGCUGCUCACUCACGUUGUUCCUCUUUGCAUCCCUGAGCCAUCUGACCUUUGCCCAGUAUGAACACUGGCAGUACUAUCCUGAGCAACACCCUCAGGAGCAACCGGCCUCGCGGCCUGCUGAAGUCCCCCAAAUCCAGCUGAGGUUGGCUGGGCAGAAGAGGAAGCACAAUGAAGGGCGGGUGGAAGUCUUUUACAAUGGAGAGUGGGGCACGGUAUGUGAUGACGAUUUCUCCAUCCACGCUGCACACGUGGUCUGUCGGCAGCUGGGCUACGUGGAGGCCGUGUCCUGGGCCCCCGGUUCUAAAUAUGGCAAGGGAGAAGGCACAAUCUUGUUAGACAAUGUCGGCUGCACCGGCAGGGAAGAUUCGUUGGCCUUCUGCAAAUCAAAUGGCUGGGGCGUGUCAGACUGCAAACACACUGAGGAUGUGGGCGUGGUCUGCAGUGAAAAGAGAAUCCCUGGCUUCCGGUUCGAUGACUCCCUCCUGAACCAGAUAGAGAACAUGAACAUUCAAGUGGAAGAUGUCCGGAUACGCCCCAUCCUCUCUGCUUUUCGCAAGCGCAUUCCCGUCACGGAGGGUUACGUGGAAAUAAAGGAAGGGGGUGUUUGGAAGCAAAUCUGUGACAGAAACUGGACCCCAAAAACCACCCGGGUCGUGUGUGGCAUGUUUGGAUUUCCAGGAGAGAAAAAAUACAAUGCCAGAGCCUACAGGCUGACUGCAAACCGAAGGAACCACACUUAUUGGGCUUAUUCCAUGGACUGCACAGGUAGCGAGGCGCAUGUCUCCAACUGCAAACUGGGCAAUCGCAUCAGUACGGCUGGUGGGAACGUCACAUGUGAGAAUGGGAUGCCUGUGGUGGUGAGCUGCAACCCGGGGCGUCCCUUUGCCCCCACCAGCAACAAAGGUUUCCGCAAAGCUUUCCGAGCAGAGCAUCCACUGGUAAGGUUAAAGGGUGGAGCUAAGAUCGGAGAGGGCCGCAUUGAAGUGCUGAUGAAUGGGGAAUGGGGAACUGUUUGUGAUGACCAGUGGAACCUCAUUUCUGCAAGUGUGGUCUGCCGAGAGCUAGGCUUUGGAUCUGCCAAGGAGGCUGUUAUGGGAGCAAGGCUUGGACAAGGUAUGGGUCCUAUUCAUCUCAAUGAAGUAGAAUGCACAGGGUUUGAAAAGUCCAUAACAGACUGCAAAUUCAGCACACAGUUAAGGAGUUGCUCCCAUGAAGAAGAUGCUUCUGUGAGGUGUAAUGUUCCAGCUAUGGGUUUCCAGAACCAGAUACGUUUGAGUGGUGGCCGCACACCCUAUGAAGGCCGAGUGGAAAUCCUCCGGGAGCACAAUGGUACACUCAAGUGGGGGACAGUCUGUAGUAACAAGUGGAGCACGGUAGAAGCCAUGGUGGUCUGUCGCCAGCUAGGCCUUGGCUACGCUGCCCAUGCCUUCCAGGAAACGUGGUACUGGUAUGGAGAGGUCAGUGCCAACAAUGUCGUCAUGAGCGGGGUGAAAUGUUCUGGGACAGAGAUGGCCCUGUCACAUUGCCGGCAUGAUAAUCAUGUAACCUGUCCCAGAGGAGGCGGGCGCUAUGCAGCUGGCGUUUCCUGCACAGAGACUGCAGCUGACCUGGUCCUCAAUGCCAAGGAAGUGGAGUACACGUCAUACCUCGAAGACCGUCCAAUGUUCAUGCUGCAGUGUGCCCUUGAGGAGAACUGCCUGGCCUCCUCGGCUGUCAACACAUCUGUUUCCACUGGCUAUAGGAGGCUCCUGCGUUUCUCCUCCCAGAUCCACAACAAUGGGCAGGCUGACUUCCGCCCCAAGAGUGGACGCCAUUCCUGGAUUUGGCAUGACUGUCACAGGCAUUACCACAGCAUGGAAGUGUUCACACAUUACGAUCUGCUAGACCUCAACGGUACCAAGGUGGCCGAAGGUCACAAGGCCAGCUUUUGCCUGGAAGACAGUGAAUGCCUAGACGGUGUCCAGAAGCAAUAUGAAUGUGCCAAUUUUGGGGAGCAAGGGAUCACUGUUGGAUGUUGGGAUGUGUACCGGCAUGAUAUUGAUUGCCAAUGGAUUGACAUUACAGAUCUCAAACCAGGAGACUACCUCUUCCAGAUCAUUGUCAACCCAAACUUUGAAGUGGCAGAGUCUGAUUAUUCCAAUAAUGUCAUGAAAUGCAAAUGCAAAUAUGAAAGUCACCGUGUCUGGAUGUACAACUGCCAUAUAGCUGAUGCCUUCAGUGAAGCAAUCGAAGAGCAAUUUGACCACUUCAGCGGACUCAUGAACAACCAGGUGUCUUAACUUCAGUCCCUUUAUUUAGGAAAGGAAGAAUACCUUUCCCCACAAUUUCCCUAACCACUGCACAGAAAAGUUAGAAGUAAUCCAGCAAACCACCAUGAACUUUUAAAAUUAGCUUUGUUAAGUUAUUUGCAAGGGUAUGCUCCAUGACUACUUUAUGGUAUUCAGCAGCAGGAGAAAACGGGUUGAUGCUUCUUUUGCAUCCAUUCCAGAAGAAUAGGUUUUGCACUUACUGCAAGACCUCAUGACCCUCAGCAUACACCCUAACUUAUCCACAAGGAAUUCUUUGCAAGCUCUCAUCAUCCCACUUUUAUUCACCAUGACAUACAGAGGCAGCAGCGCCACCUGGCUAACAACUCGCCUAAAGGAUGCCUGACGCUGCAAACAAAAGUUUUUUCAAAGGAAGUCCUUUCUCAGCCUUCAUGUUUUGUCUUGAUAAAAGAUUUGAAAAAUCUGAUUCUAUGCCAUUGGUGCAGAGCAGAAGGUUCCGCAGCCUUCUCAUGAUGCACAGAAGUCUCAAGAACACACUGACUUAAUUUCCUGUACUGUCACUCCUCAGCCUUGGCGCCAUCCCUUUGCCAAGAGCAUCUUUGACAUUCGGUUUUGAAGGCAGGCUUGAUACACCUUGAUGAGGAAGAAUCUGCCAAGUCAUUCCCUAGACCUACAUCUUGAUUUUUGAAGCCACUAGACUGUGAAUUUUUUUAUCUUUUAACGCAGUAGGCUAUUCACGUACCUGCCUUUUUCCUCUGAUCUGUGCCUUUUCUUCUUCUCUUCCCACCACAUCAUGAAUAUUGCAAAUAAGAAAAGCAUCGUCAGAUGUACUCUGCAAAAGAUGACUAACCAUUUAGCCUCAAGGACACCCAUCCCUCCUAUUAUGUCAGGCUAUCCUGUGAAGUUUUGCCAGGGGAGGACAGGAAUGGAGAUUUAAACACACACAUGUAAAUGCAUAAUGGUGCUAAGCAUAUGUGCCUCUGUUUGUUUGAGGUUGUGCAUUGCAACAGUUGCCCAGAGACCUACACCCUACUUGAAUCUUUUAAAGGAAAAGAAAGUUGAUGUGAUUUGUGUAUUUUCCAGUGAACAGGUGGUGUCAUUUCAUUGUUUUGUUUUCUUGCUGUUCUGUUGCAUGGUUAAAGAAAGGGAUUUGCAAGGCAGAAUUAAGUUUAAUCUUACCUCUCUGGAGCAGAGCAAGGUCCAUCUAGGCCAGCGUUCUGCUGCCAAAAGCAGCCAGCCAGAUGUUGCCAGAUGCUCAGAAAGCAGGACAGUGAAGAUACUUUCCUUAUUGUUUGUCCUAAGCACUUGGUUAUCAGAGGUAUACUGUAUCUGUCCAUGGAGGUUCUGUCAUGGCUACUAGCCAUUGAUAGACCAAGUUACCUACUAACCCCACUUGUUUUGGUACAAUGGGUGAAGAAAUUAAAGGGAUACCUAAAGCUUAGGCAGGAAGCACAAGAGUGAUUUGGGGCUUCCCCUUCUUUAGAACUUCUCUUACCUCUUUGUAUGAUGUAUUGAAGGGAAAAAGCCUUCCCUAACUGGAGAAAUGAACUAUAGAGCCCACGCACAGCACUCUCAGAACUAUAUUGUCCACUAAUGGAGAGACUUAAAAGCUAGGUUUGCCCCUCUUCUCAAUCAGGGACUCAUGGGGAUUUUUCACAGCAACCCCAUUCUCUCUCACCCUCUAUUUCUGUCUGCAAAAUGGGAGUAAAAGUGACCAGGGGGAACUUUGCAGGACCAUUGGGAAUAGGAUUAUAAAAAGAUAGUUUUCACAGUUGAAGUACUCAUAUGAAUAACUUAUGCUUACUGGCUGUAGAUGUUUUGCAGUAAUGCACAAGAAUGAUUUCAUUGUCUGUCCUUCUCACCCUGUGUAACCUACCUCACGGGUGUUUCACAAAACCAUGCUGGGAUUGGCCACUUCAGGGUUUCCCCCCCUCCUUCAGCAGGUGAUGAGUGUCAUCGGACUCAUUUGACCAGGAACCAAAGUUGCCAGUUAGUCAGGCCACCAAUAGCCCACACUGCAAUGAUGUAAAGCCAGUGUCUGCUUCAGCACCUUGAGCAGCUUCUUGAAAGUUCAGACUAAAACAUGCAACAGAGUCCACUGCCCCACUGACAUGGAGCCACCAUCCGCCACUUUAGUGAUUGUGCUGGGGCGAGAGGGGCCAGCCUUGCUCUACCAGUGCUGCAUGGCAGCACUCAAGUGCUUCCUGUGGACAGGAGCAGACUGAGAAGUCCAGAGGCCUGUACAGUGGCCCUUCUUGGGAAUUCAUGACAGCAUCAGUCUGCGAUAGCCUGAGGAACACGACCCAGGCUACCUCUGUCCUUCCAUCUUCACUGCCAUUAUGCCAUAACUGAAACAGGAAAAAUAUUGUUGGGAGCUGGACUACUGGAUGUAAAAAUGCCAGCAGCGUUCUCAGGCUAUUUUGUACCAGGGGGUGGUCUCCUCAUUACCCCUAUUCCUCCCCAUUACUCCUAUUCCUCCCCCCUGGAGCUCAUCCAAAGCUUUUAUUCGGGAAGAGCCAGGCUUUUUCCAUAACUACUUCAGCCUGGCAGCUAUGCUACCUCAGCAGUGCGGGGGCUGCAGCAGCAUAGCUACUGCCCACACUGUUCCUGCAAGGUUGGGUUACCAUGUGAGCCUCAAGGGUACCCAGUUCUUAUGCAACUGAGUGGCCCUUGCAGAAUGCAACAUAAAGUGGCCAUUGAGCAGCAAAUGGGUAAGGAUUGAGGACUCGCCCUACAGCAAGUCAGACCAUUUAUCCAGCGUAGUACCAUCUGACUGGCAGUGGCUUUCUGAGAGAGAUCCUUUCCACCCCCUGUAACUUGAAUUUAAAAACAAAAGUAGAGUUGCCAGGUAUUGAACAUGGGGUCUUCAGCACCAAAGCAUGCAUUCUGCCACUGAGCUAUGGUCUUUUGCCAGUACAGAGGUGCAGGAACAGACAAUGCCUCUUGUCUACCACCCAAUUCAAUACUGUAACUGAAGGCUUGAGUACCACACUAGAGUUUCCUUCCCCCUUAGCUCUAAGGUCAGCCCCUCCUAGGAGCCGAUGUGGCCAGCCAUCAUGCGCUUUCCAUGUGACCUCAAGAUUCUUCUGGUGUCCAAACAACGUGGGUAGCUCCCACGUUGCUCAGUGAAACAGAGACAGGUAUGCAGGCAGUCAAUCCAUACUCCAGUUCAGCAAAUUUAGCCUUGCUAACCGCAACAGGCAUAGAAAUUCAUCAUUAUGUGCCCCAUGCUACCGAAUGAGGUUGCCCUGCCUGUUCCUGACCAGGGCUUUGAAUGAGCCAGGGUUCAUCAGGAAUUUAGCCUCUGAACCUCAUUUCAAUGCACAUGGUUCAACCCCAGAAUGAAAGCAGAGCGGUAAACAAUGGCUUUCUACAUCAAAAAUGUCAUUUUCACACCACUGAAUAAUUAUAGACCGCUCCCGCAAAUCUAGGACUGGCGCACGGAUUCCAGGCAGGAUUGAUCCCCUGUACUGUUUGUUUAGGGUUACUUUGUUUUUUACAUCAUUCAACUUAUGACAAGUUGGCAGUUUUCAGUCUUUAUCACCAGCAGGGCAAAGAGUCACCGUCCAUAAGAGGUCUUGCUUGCCAAAAAGACCCCAACUUUCUUAAAGAGCAAGUGAGAGAAAGAGAAGUAGUUGUUACAAUAUAACGGGCAAAAAGAGGAUUCGGAAAACCACCAUGUGUAUUGAUUUGUAUGUUAACAGCUUUAAUUUUAAACAAGAAAAACUAGAAAAAAAUCUUUUACAAAUUUCAGUAAACAAGCUAUUGACUCU